AUCCUUUGUCUUUUGGCGUGUUGCGCAUGAGAUGUUUUCGGUGUGCGCCCCACCCUUUGACAAGCUGUUGUUAUUCACAAUCACAGUUUAACUCGUCCGGUUUGUGUUUUUGCACUCGUCUGCUCUGUCUCCACCGCAGAGGCAGACAGCUGAUGAUGAGCCUCAGGGGGAUAUUUAAAGCUCUGGGAAAGCGGAAGCCUGGUCUGCUGUGUUAUCAGCUGAGGGCUGCUAGCUAGCACAGCGCCGAAUAGCAUAUCACUAGCUAGCGAGUGGCACUUUGUUUAGCGCUGUUACUUCACACAUACAGCUAAAAAUGAAACUUGAAGGAAACACGAGGUUGUUAGGGCGGUAAUGUCUGCAGCAGUGAAACGUCUCUAAGAAGAAGACACGGGAAACUAACCACUCCCAAUCUGUGGAGAGCAGAGUUUGUGCUUCCUGCUCCUGAAGUCAACCUUCGCCCCUGACCCUUUACAUCCUCACCUCCACUAUAACCAUGACGACAGGGGGGUGUUGCCACCUACCUGGCUCUCUGUGUGACUGUGCGAGCAGCACUGGCCUGUGGAAGAGCGUGGAGGAAGCAGGCGGUGACGGGUGCCAAGCGCUCUACGUCACCCAGGUCACAGCCAUGGAUGGACGCUUGCUCUCCUCUGUGCUCAAACCCAUGAGCGCGCAAAGUGAUGGUCCCAUCUGCCGUAUUUGCCACGAAGGAGGCAGCAGCGAGGGUCUCCUGUCUCCGUGCAACUGCACAGGCACCCUGGGCACGGUGCACAGGAGCUGCUUGGAGAAGUGGCUGUCAUCCUCCAACACCAGCUACUGUGAGCUCUGCCACACAGAGUUCAGCAUCGAGCGCCGGCCGAGGCCUCUCACAGAGGUAACAAAGUGGCUGCAGGACCCCGGCCCUCGUAAUGAGAAGAGGACGCUGUUCUGUGACAUGGUGUGCUUUCUGUUUAUCACGCCCCUAGCAGCCAUUUCGGGCUGGCUGUGCCUGAGGGGCGCUCAGGACCAUCUUCAACUGGGGAGCUGGCUGCAGGCCGUGGGCCUCAUCGCCCUCACCAUCGCCCUCUUCACCAUCUAUGUUCUGUGGACCCUGGUAUCUUUCCGCUACCACUGUCAGCUGUACUCUGAGUGGAGAAGAACAAAUCAAAAAGUACGUCUGCUCAUUCCUGAAGCCAAGGAGUCUAACUCUUCCCAGCAUUCCUUGCUCUCUACCAAACUGAUGAAGAAGUCUGCCAAUGAGAGUAUAGUAUGAGACCAAAUGGAGAUGCUUGGUGAUAAUGGUGUCUUUUAUGUGCGAGGGGCUGAAUGUCACCUGCCAAGCAAGCCUUUAAAGAAGCACUUGUGGGCUUUUUUGUUGCUUUUCACACAAAAAAAUGUCUUUGCCCCAUCAGUACUUAAGUCACAUUACUUUUUAAAAAGAAAUCUGCCCUCCUGUGGGUGCAGAAAUAAGGGUGACCAAGCUUAUGCAAAGGCACUGAGGAACGGAACAGCACAUGGAGAUGUGCAGAGACAUGGGACAUCAUCAUGGAUUUAACAUUAAAUAACAGUGACAGCAGAAUAAGACAUGACCAAACUAACUUGUUUAGUGGACUGUGAAAUGUUUUAAUUGUUGUUCGGCUUGUAGCAGCUCCAUUCAGUGUUGUGCUGCAAUGAUGAAAGUGUGUGAACUGCUAUAUACAUGUCAUAUCUGGGCAUGCCCUUACCUAAAUAGCCUUGCAAUCUCUGCAAAACGUUGCCCAUUGGGGAGCUCUUGUGAUGCCAUAUUAAUCUGGAAAAAAAGCAUAGCUCUUUGAUUUAUUCACAAUUCAGAUGCCAGUAUGCUGUCUGAGAUGACACUUUAAUUUUGGCACAAGCCUAUUGGACUUCUUUCAAGGUUUUCUUUUUAUCCUUCCUCUGUUUUUACAUCUCAUUCAUGAAUGGGUGGCAGCACAGCAUUAGUAAAACCAGAGAUUGUGCAAUAAAACACUGUGGACAUCGAGGUCUUCACAAUACAUGAAGAGACCUUUCCCAACAUGCACAGUUAUGCAUGCAAGCACUGUUAAUCAUUUGGGGGGGAUUUUUUUUAUUUUUAUUUUGUUAGUGUGUUGUAAAAUUCCUUCAUGGUUAAAAAACACAUUUCUUUAACCAUUGAAUAAUAAAAAGAUUUACUGUU